AUGGGGGAAUUUGUCUAUACCAUUGCAGAAAAUGUCAUGAAUGGGCUAGCUUCCUAUGCUUACCAAGAAAUCUGCUUGGCAUGGGGUGUCACAGAUGAACUAAACAAGCUUAAGGACACCUUCUCAAGCAUCAAGGUAGUGAUCCUGGAUGCAGAGGAAAAGCAAAGGAAGGAACUCCAUCUAAGCCAAUGGCUAGGAAAGCUCAAAGAUGUUUGCUACGAUGUGGAUGACAUGCUUAAUGACUUUGCAUUCAAAGAACUGCAGAUGCAAAUGCUGAUCAGACAUGGGCGUGGGAGCAUCAAAGGACAGGUACGCAUAUUCUUUUCGUGUUGGAAUCCGGUCGUGUUUAACUUCAAAAUGGGUCAUAGAAUCAAAGAGAUUAGAGAAAGGUUAGAUGUAAUAGCAAUUGAAAAAUCUCAGUUUCCUCUAGUGGAGAGAGUUGGAGAUUGGCAGAGUCAGAGUGUGCACAUAAAUAGGGAGACUCACUCUUUUGUGCAAGCCUAUGAUGUUAUCGGGAGAGAGGACGAUAAGAAACAGAUUAUCAUCCAUCUCUUGAACUUGACCUUGAAGGAAAAGAGUCGUGAUGUCCAGGAAAAUGUUUCUGUUAUAUCGAUUACUGGAUUAGGAGGUAUAGGAAAGACCACCCUAGCUAAAUUGGUGUAUAAUGAUCAUAGGGUAGUAAAACACUUCGACAUGAGAAUGUGGGUAUGUGUUUCAGACCACUUUGAUAAUAAAAGACUUAUGCAUGAAAUCGUUGCUUCUGCAACUAACCAAAACUGUGGCGAUCAAGAAAGUUUUGAUCGUGUGCAGAAAAAGUUGCAAAGUGCUUUGAAAGAUAAACAAUUUUUAUUAGUGUUGGAUGAUGUUUGGGAUAAGGGUCAAAUUGGAGUAACAACUGCAAAAUGGUUUGAUUUAAAAGCUUUGUUAAAUGUUGGAGCAAACGGGAGUAAAGUCAUUGUCACAACACGUAGCGAAUCCGUUGCUUCGAUUAUGGACUCUGUUCGUGUGCAUCAACUGAGAGGUCUUCCCCACAAGAGUUGCAUGUCCUUGUUCAUAAAAAGGGCAUUUGGUCGAAAAGGAGAGGAGCAGCGCUAUCCAUACUUGAUGGAAAUUGCACAUGGUAUUGCAGAGAAGUGCGAAGGGGUUCCUCUAGCUGUAACCACCCUGGGGAGCCUGCUGUAUUCGAAAAGGGAGAAAGAUUUUUGGUCAGAAGUGAGAGACAAUGACAUAUGGAGAUUGCCGCAGGGAAACGAUGACAUUCUACCUGCACUGAAAUUAAGCUACGAUGCAUUGCCAUCUUACUUGAAACCUUGUUUUGCCAUUUGUUCACUUUUUCCCAAGGAUCAUAUUUUCCGAAGCACAGAUUUGGUGUGGUUGUGGAUGGCACAAGGCUUCAUUCAAUCCUCUAAAGGAAACCAGGAGUUGGAAGAGAUCGGCCUAGACUACAUAAGGCAAUUAUGCUCUAGAUCUUUAUUUCAAAUUGACGAAGAUUCAAUUGAUUUUAUAGUAUUCAAAAUGCAUGCUCUUGUGCAUGAUUUAGCCAUUUUUGUGUCAGAAGAAGAGUGCUCAUCUGUAAACUUCCGUCCUACCUCUGAUACCUGUAAAAGGGUUCGACGCGUGUCGAUGUCGGAGGAUGACUUGCCCAUGAAAGGGGAACGAGUUCCCGAAUUCUUACGUCAGUUGAAGAAAGUGUGGACCAUUCUGUUUCCAGUUCCAGGGCAUGUAGGCAUCUCCAGCAAAUCUGUGUUGAAAGCAUGCAUCUUGAGAUUCAAGUACCUACGGGUGCUGGAUUUGAGUGGCUCAACUUUUGAGGUGUUACCGAGUUCCAUUGGUAAAUUGAGUCGCUUGAGAUAUCUCAACUUGUCGAAAAAUUCAUUCAUAAAGAAGCUUCCAGGUUCCAUUUGCAACCUGCUGAAUUUGCAGACCUUGCUGCUUUCAAACUGUGAGCAGCUCAGGGAGUUGCCCAGAGACAUCGGGAACCUGAUCAACGUCAGAACAUUGGUGUUAACCACAAAUCAGAUGGUUUUGGCAGGAGGCAUUGAACGCCUCACCUCUCUUCGAUUUUUACAGGUCCACAAUUGUAGCUAUCUUGAAUCUUUGGGCCAAGGCAUCCAAUGCCUCACUAAUCUCCGAAUGCUGGUUAUUAGCAAUUGUAAGAAUCUAAAGUCGUUGCCACCCGACAUGAAAUGCUUAACCGCAUUAAAGACUUUGGGUAUCUCCGAUUGCGAGAAGCUCGACUUGAUGACGUCGGGAGCAGGCAUUCGAGGUCUUCGAUCAGUCUCCAUCUCCUCGCACUUGGAGGCUCUUCCCCAUUGGCUUCAAGACUCUGCAAACACUCUGCAGAGCUUGCGUGUUAAGAACUGUGAGGAUCUCAAGGAACUUCCAGAGUGGCUGCAAAACUUCAGGUUGCUCCAGCAACUGGUGAUUGAUUAUUGCCCUCAAUUGUUGGCUUUACCACAAGGGAUGUAUCACCUGGGUGCAUUGAAAUUAUUGAAGAUCGACGGGUGUUCUAAACUGAGCGAAAGAUGCAACAGCAAGGAAGGUGGAGACUGGCCCAAGAUUGCUCAUGUCAGUAAGAUUACACUUGACGGAGAAAUUAUCGCCUCAAACGAUGAUUAG